CAGGUGCCUAUCCAAGACUCUCACUGAGCUUCAGGUUGAAGAGAAACAUUGGAUACUUUAUUCUUCAAACCUACAUGCCCUCCAUACUGAUUACCAUUUUAUCAUGGGUGUCAUUCUGGAUCAAUUAUGAUGCAUCAGCAGCAAGAGUUGCCCUUGGAAUUACAACUGUGCUGACUAUGACAACAAUCAACACUCAUCUGCGAGAGACUUUGCCUAAAAUUCCAUAUGUUAAAGCCAUCGACAUGUAUCUCAUGGGCUGCUUUGUGUUUGUCUUCUUGGCCUUACUUGAAUACGCCUUUGUCAACUACAUUUUCUUUGGAAAAGGCCCUCAAAGGCAGAAGAAACUUGCAGAAAAAACAGCAAAAGCAAACAACGAUCGCUCAAAGUUUGAAGGCAAUCGGGUGGACACCCAUGGAAAUAUUCUGUUAACAUCGCUUGAAAUUCACAACGAGGUGGCAAGCAAUGAGGUCACCACUAGUGUUACAGAAGCCCGAAAUUCAACGAUAUCCUUUGACAACUCAGGAAUCCAGUACAGAAAACAAAGCUCACAUCGUGAAAGCCUUGGAAGGCGUUCAUCAGAAAGACCAGGUGCCCACAGCAGGCGGGGCCAUUUACGAAGAAGGUCUUCACAACUGAAAAUAAAAAUCCCUGAUCUAACAGAUGUGAAUGCCAUCGACAGAUGGUCAAGAAUGGUUUUUCCGUUCACAUUUUCUCUUUUCAACUUAAUUUACUGGCUAUACUAUGUUAACUGAGUGACUGAACUUUUUUAAAGGACUUCAGUUAUAACAAGAGAAGUACUACUUGCCUGCACAGUUUAUAUAUAUAUUUAUACAUAAAUAUAUAUAUAUGAACUUAUAGACCAUACUCAUGUAUGUGUGAAUACAUGUAGCAAAGAAUUGUGUGUACUUAAAAGCACAUACUGCAAAGCAAAAGUAUAUGUAUGCACACACACAUGUACACAUUGAUUCUGAGGUUAUGGACACUUUAACAUAGAAUGCACUUCAGAGGAACUUUUUAAAUCAAAAGGCAGGUGUCGUCAAAACAAGCCUUGAGAAAGUAAGUGUUGUAUAUUAUCCCUACAAGACUUUGAUUGUCAUAGAAAUUUUCAAACAGCUGUUAACAUGUAUAAAGUCAGUACUUAGUAACAUUGUUUGUAAAUGCUGCCAUACACACUGAUCAUACAGCAGUAGAGUUACACUUGCAAGUUUAAAGUAAGUCAUUUAUAUUGCAGAUCCAUCAACUAUGAUUUAUUUUUCUUUGCUAAAAUUUCUUGGGUUUAUAUAUGUCAUACUUUUUUUCCCCAUUCCUGAAUGGACAUUGGUUUUAAUCUCUUGCUUUCUCUUCUUCAGUAAGCAAGGUGAUCAUGGGAGUGUUGCUCUAUGUCUUUGGAGACAUAUACAGGUUCAUAAUAUUUCAAACAAGCAUUUUAAGUGUCCAUCGACAGUGAAAUGCAUCUUUUGUAAGUACUGCAAAUGUACAGCACAUUUUCCUUCCCUUGGACAGGUUCCAGCUGCCAUGUCAUUUUGAAA